GUUAUAUUUGACAAUUAGCUCAUCUGGGUUUGUGUGGAAAUAAAAAGUGGUCAGUGUUAUGCUUUCAAAAGUUGUCGAUAGAUGUGAUAUCCGUGGAAUUCUUCGCGUUUUCCUAGGUCGUGCCUUUUUUUCUAAUCUGCAAAUCACUGCCAAAAUUAUGUAGCGAAACAAAGCCCAUGGGUGUUUUGUUGUGUUGUGGAAUUGCACUGCUUGCUUAUAAUGAAGUCUAGGUAAUAGGAUAAUUUUGGUGUCAUUUGGUUCGAAAACGCAGAUGGGCGAUAGCAAGGGACGAACCGGAGACAGAAACCGCCCUAACAAUUUAAACACCCUAACGAGCCCUCCCACUCCUCGGAGGCAUUUUCCCGCCAUGGAUCAGCAACAAAAUUACAACAACAUAGUGCAAGUGGUGGUGAACCGCAACAGCGGCGGUUAUGGCAUGAAAGUGUCCGGCGACAAUCCUGUUUACGUCCAGAGCGUCAAGGAAGGCGGUCCGGCGGAGAAAGCGGGGCUCCAGGAGGGCGACAAAAUUAUCCAGGUCAAUGGCAAGAAUGUGGUGCAGUCCACGCACACGGAGGUCGUCGAUCUAAUCAAGUCUUCCGUUCAGGUGCUUCUGACCGUGCAACAACGCAGUCCAAGCCAACACAGUCCAUCUAGGUUAUCAGUAGUUACUUCGCCAGAGAGGAUAACGGGACCGCAACCAGUAGAUAAUGAGAAGCAGCAUAAGCUGCAGCAGCAGAAGGAGCAGUAUUACAGGCUGAUGAUUGAGAAGGAGCAGCACCAUUUGGAAAAGUUAAGAGGCCAGGUGGUGAUUGGUUCGAAAGACAAACGGACGUCGGAACUCGCGAAGGUGGAGAAGAAUCUCAGGAUACUACAGGAUAAUUUGCGGAUGUUGUUGGAGACGAACGAUGCGUCAAGGAGCGGCUGCGGUGUGGAGAAACCGCCACCCCUGCUUCCAAAACGCAACCGACUGACCAACGUGAUGGACAAUAAUCUCGAUAUAAACGCUAUGUUCCUAACCAACGAGAUCAACAGCAACAACGACGAGCCGCCGCCCCUACCGCCUCGCAAUUACCCGCCACCGCACGGCGACGCCCAGUCUGACACGGUCAACUCCAUUGACAAACAGAUGUCUUAUCCCUUGGUCGCGACGCUGACCUCGCUAAUGGACAGUUUUUCGCCGACUACCAAAAACAGCAGCAUCACCAAAUCAAGCCCAGAAGGGAACAAUGUGGCGGAUAACGGGGGAACGGGUAGCGCCGACGCUUGGGAGAGGCCUGGGACUCCACCGGGCACGCCGCCGCCCCCUUACCAUUCCAACCAGCAACACAGCGGCAGGACGGAGAGGAUGUUUUUGGGGACAGAGACCCCGUCGGAGCCGGCGGAUACCCAGUGUUCGAGCCCAAACGGCAAAAAGGGGGGUAACCUCUUUCUGCGCGGGUUCGUCUCCUCCCCGGUCAACACCCCCAUCAUAACGAUGGAGGAUGAUGACAUGUCCGACUUGGAGAUAGACCAGGCCGAAGACCACGGGCCCUUCAAAUCGCUGUCCCGCCUCUGGGAGCAUCUGCCACACCUCGCGAUUUUCAUGAAUUACGUCCUGUCCAAUUCCGACCCCCACAGCCUGCUGUUUUACCUCUUGACGGACCUCUACAAGGAGGGCACCGCCAAGGAGAUGCGGAAGUGGGCCUUCGAAAUCCACUCGUGUUUUCUCGUUCCGGGCGCACCGUUACGUUUGAACAACGUGGACGAGAACAUUGCCCGCGAAAUCGACGACAACCUAACCAAAGAGUACGCGAAAGAGGAGAUAAUGCGGAAGAUAUUCUGGAAGGCGCGAUCACGGGCCAAGGAGGAACUGACGCGGCAACUGACCGAUUUUCAACAGAAGAGGACGGCCGGCUUAGGCACGAUGUACGGCCCGUCCGAUACCGAGCUCAAGGAGUACUACGGCGAUAAGGUCAAGGAACAGAAACUGUACGAGAUGCUGUUCUUCCCGAAAAUGGAGCCCUACUUCGACGAGAUCGACAAGGAAAACUACGACCCUCACCGUUACUUCAUGGCCGCGUCCCUGAUGACGAUUUUCACGCGGAUCUUCCGCCUUCGAUUUUCCGGACAGGACACCGAACGCUGUCCGACGUUCGUCAACAAGGAACGUUCGUUCAAGACGAAACUGAUGGGGCGGUAUUCUCGUAAGCUGAGCUAUCUGAGCCAUCAGUUCGUUCUGCAGCAGUUCUACUCGGUGACACCGUGCAACAAUUGUCACCAGAUCAUCUACGGUAUCAGUCCGCAGGGUUACCAGUGCGCCGUAUGUCUAAUAAAUCUUCACCGGCACUGUGUGAAGCUUUACGACGACAGUUGCCCGGGACCCAUCCUGAAGAAGGACCGCGGCAUCCGCAAGUUUAUCGGGAUGCGCCACGACAGCGCCGACCAGAGCAAAACGAAGAAAAUGUCGUCCAGUUUCAUAUCGAUGGAAAAGGAUCAGCGUCACUCGGAGGAGCAUGAUGACGCGUCUCAUCACGGCGACUCCAAAUCGGAUCGCAAGUCCGAUGGUUUCGGCGAUGAUAGCUUGCGCGAGGCCGACCACGACGUAUCGCAGAACCACCAUCAGCAGGAGGAGACGUCCGCAGACAGUCGUCAUCAGUCGCCCGAAAGUUCCGUCAGUCUUCCGGCGGGAGGUGGCGGCGGAGGCGGUGGCGGAGGCAGGAAGAAACUCGCGAGCAACAUCAAUCGUUCCGAGAGCGUCAAGGAACAAUCGGAGAAGAGGAAACAGCGGCGGAACAUCAGCGACCCGUCGCACAAUACUAGCGGUAGUUUGGACCUGGACCGGCAUCAGCAAGGCUGGCAGCCAAACACCGGGUCCGGCAGUUCAUCCAAUUCCAACAUAUCGUGCAACGGCAAACUGUCCGAUAGCCCGUCGAACAGUAUCGACGUCGUGCAGCAGCAGCAUCAUCAGCAGCAGGCGACCGUUCACCCUACCGAUUCGGACAGCGACAUCGAGGCGGAGGCGGACCCGCUGAACUGGCAGGACCUUGUCAGCGAGGAAGAACUGAGCCGUCUCGACCCGAGCGAGAAAAAGCGACAGGACGUAAUCAACGAACUCUUCCACACGGAAUUCUCGCACGUGCAAAUCCUCAAGGUGCUCUACCGUCUCUUCUACAAGAAGUUGCAGGAGACGCAGGUGCUGAAACCGGACGAGCUCGGCCUGAUAUUUCCGAACAUCAAGGAGUUGCUUGACAUCCACAGCGAAGUGGAAAAGGAGAUGCGCCGCAUACGCAAGCAGGACCCGCUCGUCCGGCAGAUCGGCGACAUGCUGGUCGACACGUUCGGCGGGCCGCAGGGCGAGCUGCUCCAGAAGGCCGCGGCGACUUUUUGCGAGCGCCAGCAGCUCGCGCUCGAGUUUAUCAAGAAGCGGCGCGAGCGCGACUCGAAAUUCGACGGCCUCCUCGCGGAGAGCGAGAAAAAACGCCAGUGCCGGAGGCUCCAGCUCCAGGGCAUCGUGCCCGCGGAGAUGCAGCGCCUCGUCCGCUAUCCGCUGCUCCUCGAACGGCUCAUAAAGAGCGUCGAGACGUGCCGCGACGCGGGCGGCGAGUACGGCGACGAGCUCGCCAAGCUCCAGCAGGCACACAAUUUCUCCAAGGAGAUCUUGAACCAUGUCAAUGAAGCGGCGAAGGCGGCGCACAACCGGCACCGUCUCGAAGAGAUCCAGAAGCACCUGGACACGUCGAGUUUCCGCACCAGCGACCACGGCAUCGUUAACGAAUUCCGGAACAUCGAUCUGACCCGCUACCAGCUGAUCCUAGAGGGCAGCAUGCAAUUGAGGAGGCCGAACAAGGCGCCGGUGCCCGUCCACAUCCUCCUCCUCGAGGAGAUGGUUGUCGUGCUGCACCGCGAAAACGACAAGUUCCUGCUGAAGUUUUUCCAAUCGGGAUCGCCCGCCCAACCGUUACCGUUGUCCCCGAUCAUUAAGAUGAACACGCUGCUCGUGCGGAACAACGCGGUGUGCAAGAACGCCCUCUUCCUCGUCAACACGUCGACCAAUAACAGCCAGAUGUACGACCUGGUGACCGAGGACGAGACGAAGCGCGAAACGUGGUACAAGCGGUUCUCAGAGGCGACCGAGGCUUACAACAGACGCGAAGGCAAAAUUAGCCGCAUCGGGCACGCGCCGUCCGAUCCGGGUGUGUCCGCAGACGACCUGGACAUGCUGCUCGACAUACCGCCGCCCACGGAAGAGGCGGAGCCGAAGGAGGCGGUCGGCAAGGAACCAACGCAGGAGCUGUCUCCCUCGGAAGGAGAGGCGAGGAAGGAUGAUGCGGCCGCACCCGAAGUCGCGCAGAAGAGGAAGAACGACGGCGAGACCCCGGACCCGGUGACCGGUGGUAAUGUACAGUCGGCGACAAAGGUCAAUGUUGAGGACUGGCCUCUGAUACAGCCGUCGCAGGUCAGGGUGUCGGUGCCGCCUGUUUGCACAGCCGAGCCUAUGCUAACGCCUCUAGAGCAAAUUCGACAAAAGGAUGAAAUCGUAAGGCGGGCCCUAGCCGACAAGGAGGACCUGGUGGCCGACCUGCUGUUUAUACCUCGCGAGCACUUCCAGCACAUCGCCGACCUCGCGUCUACCGACGCACCCGGCUCUACGGGCGGCGGCGAUAUCACCGACCGCCUCCUCGCCUCCAUAUUCCAAGUGGACAUCCUCCAGAAAGCGGUAAACGACGCGCUGAACGUUACCGAAGCGGAAGUGAUGGCGAGGCGAUCGGACAAGGCGGAGUCGGCGGUGCCCACCAUACCGGCGAGCUUCGUCCGCGACGUGGCGUCGUCCCUUAGCUCGCAGCUUACGAACCUACUGAGCGAUUUCAAGCAGGUGGAGGAAGAACGGGACAGGCUGCGGCAGGAGUUAAGCGAGAAGGCGGCGAUAGAGGGCGCGGACGAUUGUCAUUCGGACGAGGAGUUCUGCGAGGCGACGGGCGAGGUCAACGCCAGAGAGUAGUAUCGAGAGCUUUAAUAGUACUAACGGUCAAUUACAUAAAAAGAAUCGUUUAUUUUUAUAUAAAGGUUUUUAGGAGUAUUACCCCCGAGUAACGGUCGCCGAAGGAGACGCCGCGCGGCAUCUCCUUCGCGCCGACGUGCAAUACGGCCAUGUAAUACGCGCGUACACCAUUUUUUUCUUCGUCUUCCUGUAUAUUUUAUUGUAAAUAGCGAUCGGCGAACGGCUCCGCCCGCCACCGGCAGGUCGGCCGUUAAUUUAUUUCUGUUUUUUUUUUUUCGGGACGAAGGGGUGGGAGGUGGGCCUUCGCACGAAUAUGAUGUGUAACUAACGCGCGUACGGAAGUGCCUUUUUACAGAAUUACCGGUCUCGCUUAUUCGUUUAUGUGUAACAUUUAUCGGACUAAACGUAAUUUGUAGCAUUUAUGUAAAUUAUAACGUUAUUUUUUACCAUUUUUUAAAAUUAACACUUUAUACGCAAUUACUGGUACCGCUGUAGGGUGAGUAUUGUUAUGUAUUUAUAUCAAAAAUAACGGACUAUACAAAUAUUAA